AUGAGCAACAAUAAUGCUUUGCCUCCAGGCUAUAAGGCUUGGGGUCCAUUCAUACCCGACGACUACGUUAUACAUCCAGUAAGCCGGUCGGAUAUUAUUUUAGCGAGUGCGGCGUUCGGUAUUGCCAACAUCUUUGGACUCUCCGCGGCUUUCAUUGGUUUCAGGCAGACGAGAGCGUCCCGGCAGCCGUGGAGAAAUGCAUAUAUCUGGAUGAUAUGGCUUGAAUUGGCUGCUUCUGUGGUCCUUUCCGUAGUGUGCCUGCUGUUCUUACUAAGGAUCAUACGGCCCAGUUUUUACAUGUACAUGGGCAUCUGCAAGUAUGGCACAGCUUGUCUAGUGGUUUGUUGGGUGGUUCAGAUUCAAGUAUUGCCGCAAAUCAUCGUCAAUCGAAUUCGUGUAGUUUUACCAGAUCGACAACGAGGAAGACACCUAGCCAUAGGAACUGCAGUCGUUGUCACUUUGAUUAACAUUAGCGUCUUUUGCGUGUGGAUGCCCGCACGUCUUCAGAUCAGUCAAAGAUGGGUCCGCGUCAACUCUAUUUGGGAUCGAAUUGAGAAAGUCCUUUUCCUGCUCUUGGACGCGUACCUAAACUGGUACUUCAUCAAGACCGUCCAAUCCGAGCUCGUAAGGAAUGGCCUGAGCAAGUACAACCGCCUAGUCCGCUUCAACAAGCGCAUCAUCAUAGUCUCACUCUUAUUCGACGUCAUGAUCAUUGCAGCAAUGAGCAUCCCCAACGGGUUCGUCUACGCCAUAUUUCAUCCACUGGCAUACCUAGCCAAACUCAACAUCGAAAUGUCAAUGGCCCACCUCAUCCGAACCAUUGCCCUAGCCACCCCACACAACCAAAACCGCAUGUCCUUCACAGCUUCUAAAUCUUCAAUCCAAACAAGCCCCUUCACCACGGACAUCUUCGCCGAAGUCCCCAUGCCACGCCGCAUGCUCAUCCGAGGCCUCUUCAGCCGCAAUCAACACGGCAUGUUACAGAAAGAUGCACGUCGUAGGCGGUCCCGAUAUGACUCUACGCAAUCUGCAGGCGCGCCGGAUGUGGAUUUGCAGUCUCUGGAGCCGCGGUCUAGCAAGAAUGAUAUGCCUAUUACGGGCGAUAGUGUGGAUAAUAUCACGUGCACUGAAGAUCUGCGGCAUGUGCUCGACGCUGAAGAUAGGCCGCAGUGUGUUGGCGUGCUGGAUACAGAAGCCCCGCCUUUUCGUGAGAAAGAGGGAGUAUGA